CAAGCAAUCGUAUGUCAGUAGUUGCUGAUUUAAUAGAAAUAGGAGUAAGAAGGGGUAGACAAUGAUGAAUUGAACAGCGCAAUUGUAAGGGAACUUUGCAACAGUAAACAGCUGAGAACAAAAAAGGGCACGUAGUUGAACACAAAGAGCUGGAAUCGACCAGAAGUCAUCGGGAGUAGAAACAGCUGAAAUAACUAUUAUAGGCCAGUGUGCAAUACAGUGAUCGGUUUACGUACAUCGGAUUUAUUUGGUGCUGUUAUAAAUUAUGGCUGAUCCCGAGAAACAGAGCCUCAUUAACAAUGAAGAGACCAAUAAUACCUAUACCAAUACCCAGCCGGCUGUUGUUACCGGCAGUCUAGGCGACAGCGGCGAGGGAGGCCCUGUUAUGUCCGCAGAUGCCAAUUCAGCCGAAGGAGGUGUAUCGCAAGCAAAUGUACCAUUUGUGGGUCCGGAUGAAGUGCCACCACCGUAUCAGGCCAACACUGGCACCGGUGUGCCAAUGGUUACAUGUCGCGUAUGCCAAAAUAUGAUCGAUAUCACAACAAAACGAGACCAGCACGUGGUGAAGUGCAGUCAUUGCAAUGAAGCAACGCCAAUACGCAAUGCUCCUCCAGGCAAGAAGUACGUGCGUUGCCCAUGUAAUUGUCUGUUGAUUUGCAAGAGCUCAUCGCAGCGUAUUGCUUGUCCUCGGCCCAAUUGCAAACGUAUCAUUAAUUUAGCACCCAGUCCGGUAACGCCACCCGUACCGGCUAUGCCCGGCAUGUGCCGUGUUACUUGUGGCCAUUGUUCAGAUACGUUUUUGUUUAACACGUUUCACAAUGCUCUGGCGCGUUGCCCACAUUGCAGGAAAGUAUCAUCUGUUGGUUCGCGUUUCGCCUGUGGACGAGGUAUAUUGUUCGCUAUACUUGGACUGUUAUUCCUAAUUGCGGGCAUAGGUAUUACUGUUGGCACGUAUAAAUAUGCACAGGAUCACGGUGGUAUUAUCAUUGCAUACAUCGGUCUAUUUAUGAUUGCAGCCUUUUUAUUUGCACGUUCAGUUUACUAUUUCCGUUUAAAAGUAAGCGCCAUAGAUGGUCCAAUGUAAGGGCAUAUUUAGAUGUUUUUUUAUCAUUCCUUUUGAUAUUAACAAAACAAAUAAACAAACAACAUACACACGUAUAUUCAUAUAAAGAACGCCAGAAGGAGGGAAGUACGUUAACAGCAAAAAAAAAAAAUUAGAAAAGAAAAUAUACUGCAUAUUACAGACCACAUUGAAAGAAAAUUUAAACUAAAGCAAAAUUCACAACACGUGCACUCUAAAAUGUAUUAUUCACGGCGCGAAAUAAAUAUGCAAUCAGAGGAAGUUGCUUUAUAAUGAAAAACGAAAAUCGUGUGUAUGAAAUAACUACAAUAAACUAUUAAAAUUUGGGAAAAUAUGUAAACGUAAUGUCAACAAGUAAUAUAAAUAAGUGCUAAGGCAUUGCAAAUGUUAGCAAAAAGCUAUAAUAUUAAAUAAAAAACAUGCAUUCUAUAAACUCUUUGUAUAACAGUUAAGGAAUGCUCAGCAAUUUUGUGGCACUAUGAGAAAGCACAAAAUGUAGUCUACGAGUAUAUUCAAUAUUAUAUUAAUCAAAAUCCAACAUUUUAUAAUGUGUAGACUACUUUUUUAUGUGGAUAAUUCAUAGUCUUACUAGCGAGCUCUUCUUCUUUGUUAGGUUAAAUGUCGGCCUGUAGCACUCUGCUGUAUAAUUUAUUUGUAAUUGUCCUUUUGUUUUUGCUUACAUAUUCCCUAUUAUUACUUCAUCAUGAGUUAUGUUUGUUUCUCUCUGUUUAUGUUUGUGAAAAUUCGUAUUCUCUGGCUAAAUUACAAAGCUCUGCGCUGCGUACAUGAUAACAUAUAUAUAUAAUCGUAUAUAUAUAUAUAUAUAUAUAUAUAUAUCCGCUUCCGUUGCAAAUCAUUGUAGAUUGGAAACCUUACAAAUAUAAAAUAAAAAAAUACGUGUUGAUAAUUUGAACGCAUGUAAAGUUGUCUCAACGCUGGUGAACGAAAUUGGUUAAUUAACCUAUAAUUAUUUGGGCCACUCAACUAUAAUAAUAUUUAUAGCAAAUAAAAAAAAUAGCAAUUAGGAGUCCCUAGUUUCUCAAACGGUUCACGCAAAAAAUAAAUGAACAAAAGCGGUCAAAGUAGGAAAAAAAGCGAAUGAACAGGAAAGCAAAUCUGAUUUCUAUAAAAAACAUUUAAUAUUUACAAAUACGAUUAAAUGAAAUAUUAUGGAACUUAUACAAUUAUAUUUAGAUUAUUACGAUAUACUGUAAAUAAAUGAAAGUAAAACCAA